AAGCAAUAGUGUUAUAAAAGGGAAGCAAGAGUUUGUGAUAAAUUCCAACCACAAACCGAUCAAGCCCAUAAAAGCCAAUUAAUUUGCAUUAAUCUCCCCCUCCUUUGAAAUUGUGAGAAUGUCUAAAAUCUUCAGGGAAUACAUUGGUGUGAAACCAUUCUCAACAAAUUUAAGGGAUUUUCCAGUUGAAAUAAUCAAAACCAAUAUCUCAGAAUUCCACUUCAUUUUGGGAUUUGCCACUGAGGAGUAUGACGCUCAAAAUAAAGGCACAGGAGUUUUCAAGGAAACUUGGAAUACUAGAGCAUUCGGUCCAGAAGCAGUGAGAAAUUUGAAGGGAAAUAAUCCAAAUGUGAAGGUGGUAAUAAGCAUUGGAGGUAAUGACACCGUUAAAACUCCAUUCAAUCCUGUUGAGGAAACUAUCUGGAUUACGCGGGCUGUGUCUUCACUCAAAGUGAUCAUCCAAAAAUACAAGGAUCAAACCGGCAACAUAAUUGAUGGCAUUGACAUUAAUUAUCUUAACGUCUUCCAUACUACAAAUGACACAGGUAAGCUUCGUUUUGCCAGGUGCAUAGGGGAAGUUAUAACUCAACUUAAGAAUGAUAAUUAUCUACGCAUCAAGAUCGUGUCCAUUGCUCCAUCCGAGACCAAUGAAAUCCACUACCGCAACUUGUUUUGGCAAAAUGAGGCCAAUAUAAAUUGGGUUAACUACCAGUUCUACAACCAAUCUAAAGCUGUAUCCACACUUGACGACUUUCUAAAACUCUAUGACCAGGUAUCAAGAAACUACAAACCUAGUAUAGUCCUUCCAGGAGUUAGCACCGACAAGCUUCACAUUGAGCCUGUAGACAAGAUGCCAAGGGAGCACUUCAUUGCUGGCUGCAGACAUCUCCUCCAGAUAGCAUCACUCCCUGGUGUUUUUCUUUGGAACGCUGAUGACUCUACAAUUCCUCUACCCAAUGAGAAUAAACCUUUCGUUUUAGAGGAUAUUUUGCAAAGCCUCCUCAUAGGUUAAUUAAUCUCGUCAUUUGCAUCUAUAAUUUUAUGGGUCAAAUUAGACUAGAAUAUCGAGCUAGAUCAUACAUACGUUCCAAGCUCUAUAAGCUUUAGUCUCUUAUUAUAUUUUAAAUAAGACCUAUGUGUGCAAUUUCAUUUUCUACUUAUUUCAUGUGUGUUUAUUUAUGUAUUAUGUUGUGUGUGGAGAAUAAAUGACUUCUCUUGUAUCAUUAUUAUAUGUGCUUUUAAGUAAUAAACGUUACGUUCAUAUAUUAA